CACAAUCAAGUAUAUUGCCCUUUGAUCUUCCGUUCCCGUGUCUAUUCGGGUAUAUGCGGUAUUUUCCCCUUACGGGCGGGGUUUCGGUAUCUGGAUACGUUUCAGUCGAGUUUUCGUCCACACCGCGCCAGAUCACCGACUGGCAACCCUAAUCUUCCCCAGCAGAGUUCAGGGGGUUUUCACAGGAACGUCUCGUCAAUGUAACCCCUUUCGUAGUCUGCAAAUUUGCAAAGCUUAGCUCGUAGCGUCGUAAUCUAUUCAGAAACCAUGGGGCGUUGUCCGAAUCACAAAAACAGCAAGAAAAAGGGUUACUCGCACAAGACUGCACUGCGCGCGAAAUUUAUGAAGAAAGGAGAUGAUUUGAUUCACACCGAAUUGAGGGUCGACGAGAGGAAGCCCCUCCCAGUAGACGAGGAUCUUCCUGGAAUGGGACAGUACUACUGUUUGCAUUGCGACCGAUACUUUGCUUCUGCAAACAUCCGAGACGAUCAUUUCAAGACCAAGCUUCACAAGAAGCGGGUGAAGAUGAUGAAAGGCGCAGCACCACACAAUCAAGUCGACGCCGAUGUUGCUGCUGGCAUGGGUCGACCUGAUAACGGUCCCAAACUUAGAGAGUCAAGCUCUGUCAUCCCUGUUGCCAUGGAGGCAUUUUAAUUUCAAGUAAUCAUAGGCUGGCAGAUGUUAGGGCCGGCCCUGAGUAUGAUUUUGAUGGAUUCAGGAAACUGGGUUUGCCUCGGUCUUGCUGUCAAGCAUUGCGUAUGGAACUGGCUCUUCCUGCCAUUGUAAUGCAGAUACUUGUUAUCUCAGUCUUACAUGUCUUCAUCUGGGGAUUUCAUAAAGUGGAUGCGAAGUCGGAAACCGCAGCUGGGAUCCGGAAGUCUAUUGUGCCGAGACAUCAGGGUUGACACUCUGAAGUGUUUUUAGGCAAUUGCGACGAGAUAAACACUGGUUUUCGGAAUUCAACAGCUACAAUCUUGCUCCGGGACUUUUGAGAAGACUGCUACGGGGCGACAUUUGGUAAAGGUAUAAGUGUUGCCUUUAACGCCUUAUACUCAGCUACUGAGCAGCUGGAUUAGAACUCUGCAUGUUUAGGUACUUGCUCUGUUCAUCAUGCGCAGCACCAGUGUACAGCUAAAACCUUGGUGGAGGAUCAGAGAUCAUUGAUGGAUAUAUGAAUUUCAUUACUGAAUUAUUGCCUUUAUGCCUACAUAGAUAUAGGCCACUGUGUACUGGGCACAUAGAACGGAGCAGCAUUGUAUAGUAAUUUGUCCAAAGCAGCGAAGUUUUUUUGUCCUGCGUUGCCUGGACAUAUUCACACCUUCAAAUUUGAGUUCACCUCGCUCCCUCAUGUCAGAUUCACUGAUUUCAUAUUAGUCCUGUUGAUUAUGUACAUCUCUGUCGUUGCCUGUCAUCAAUAGAUGGAGGGUCAGCUUGAGCUCUCACAGCUCACACAUUUGACCCAAAUGCCAUUGCUUAACUAUCAAUACUGGGACGUUUUACUAGGACCACCGAUUCACCUUCUCAUUUUUUCUCUGGAGAGCUUUAGGGAUUGGAGCUGUUAUUCUUCCUAAGUAGUAGAAAAGUGGCGAGCUCUACAUCCCUGUACCAGGUCAGGUCUUGUUUAACAUCCCUGAGUAGAUGUGCCAUUAAUGAUGGCCUUGAUUUUCUGCAUGUUUCAAACUCGGACAGCUUUGAUGAACAAAAUCAAUUUCGAAGUGUUUGGCGUGGUGGAUUGUAUCGGACUUUGCUGAGGUAAUGAGUUACUGCGAGAGGAAUCACAGUUCGGCAUACGGCGUUGUGAGCAAUCACUUGUGGCUCAUUAUCUGAUGGAGUACGUAGGAGUGUGAAGUCAUGUGUAGCAGGGGAUGGAAGUUUUGCUUUGAAAACACGAUUUGCUUGGGUGGUGUGUGAUUCCUCUCUACAUACACACGCCAUACAUGUUUUGGUCUACCCGAAAGCCUGUACGGCCACCAGAUCCUGGGGAUUUUUAGACAAACAUAGAGAUUUAAUAUUCUCAAAGCGCCGAAGCUUUAAUCACCUGCUUGUUACAGUUAUGCAUUUGCAAAGCUAAUCGUCGAGUUCACCUAGACAGAAGUUAGAAAUGUGGUGUCUUCACUCCCGUAUCACCUUUCGACAGAAGACUCAUUUUUUAAAAUGUAAAGACAUGCGAGUUCUGAUCUUGUAUUUUCGUAGCAAGGAAACUACAAGCGCAUCACCCAAGAUGAUGUGAGUUAGGUGAAUACUCGGGUUAUUUGAAGGAAAUCAAUCGAUCCUUUUCUCACGCAAGAGCCUCGCUCUUCUCCUUCUCGCCAAGCCCGCAUGUGUACUCUCCUUAGAGUUAACCGCAAGUCGGGCACUUUCAACCUAUCAUAAAACAUUCGUUUACCUUUUGUGUCAUCCUUCGCGGGCAUGUUUCGACUUGAAUGCGUACUUUGUUACCGAAGGCCUCAACACCCUCUUGGCCAAGGCGGGCUCCAGCAGUAAGCUAUGAAGAACUCGGUUUCACGUACAUCUUGAGCAACAAACAUGUGGUUAUAUGAGCUCAAGGGGACUUUGCGACAACUGUCAGCAAUUCUUCCAACAAAAGGUCAACUUGCCGGUCGUGUUUGCUGCUAGUAUGUAGUCAGGUAGCCUGGGCGACAUAGUCGUCCACUCUACUCGAGUAACUCCUGUAGUGUGGCACCAGACAGCAAGGCACACUGGGUUUAGCCGAAAUACAAGACCGAUUAACACACUGUACGUGACUUCUUACCGCAAGACGAAAAACCCGAGCAAAGUUGCAAUCGGAAUCUCAUUACCGGCCGGAAGGAUUCUUGUUGCCCGUCUCCUCCUGUCCUCUUUUCUGGACUUUAGUCCCACUUGAAAACAGACUUAUUAAUAACAUAGAUAUAGACAACUAUUUGAAAGUAGGUUGUAG